AUAUAGUUAAAACUAUUUACAUAGAUGGUGCUGAAAGUGAUGUUUGUUGAUCAUAACAAUGUUGUAUCGGUACUUGGAAAAACAGAAGCAUUAUUGUUAAUAUCAUUGAAAUUUAACAUUAAUAACUACUGCAAUCAAUUUUAUGAUAUUUUGAUAUUGCAGUGAGUCUUAUAAAUUGAAUGGAUAUUCGUUUGCAUUGUUUUCUGUUUGUUUCGCGUGUAUGAGCAAUUGGACGCAUUGGCGGGAAAUAAGAAGAAACAGCUUAUAAAAAUUUAUUGUUUUUACUUUGAUUUCAGUUUAAUUUAGUACGAUUAAGUCAUUAUAAGAACACGACAUCGAUUUUACGACAGGAAUAAAUAAAUAAUAUCGUCCGAUGGCAGAACGACUCGAAGAUCUUAAUUUACCAAAUGCGGUUGUAACAAGAAUUAUAAAAGAAGCAUUACCAGAAGGAGUUACAGUAGCUAAAGAUGCCAGAACGGCGGUAGCCAAAGCAUCUUCAAUAUUUAUAUUGUACUUAACAUCAUCAGCAAAUAUAAUUGCCAAAAAGGGAAAUCGUAAAACGAUAAGUGGCUCGGAUGUUAUUCAAGCAAUGACCGAUAUAGAAUUUGAUCAAUUUAUUGAACCACUCCAGGAGUCAUUAGAAAAUUUCCGUAAAGCUCAGAAAGAAAAGAAAGAUGCAACAUCUAAAAAAAAAGCAACAGAAAAAAGAUGAAGAUGAUGUAAUAGAGGAGGAAGAUGGAGGAAGGGAAGUUAUGGUUUAUUGAUAUGUAUUAUACAUAUAAGAAUCAUACUAUUUUAUAUGGUUAUUAUAUAAGUUUUCCAAGUUUGCCACAUUCUAUUUAUUACUCCUAAAUAAAAGGUAAAAUAUAUUGAUAUAAAAAACUAUUUAAAAGUAUAUAAUUCUGUUCCAUUUCAUCAAUGCUUUUUAAAAAAAAUUAAACAUCUAAAAGUUCUUCAUUUGAAACUUUUUAUUGAUACUUCUUUUUAUUUCAACAAUUUCCGUUUUAUUAAUACACAUAAAUGAAUAAAAUUUCAAUAUCUUGUUGAUGGAUACUUUUAAGAUACUAUAUUUAAGAAGUGAAUUUUUAUAAAAAAAUGAUCUUAUAUAAACUAUUGUUUACAAAAAGCUUGCACUAUCUUCAGUAUUUGCAUUAUUAACUCUUAACCACCAUAAUAGAUUAAAAUGUCAUCAUUUUUAUCAUAUAAGGCUAUCGUAUGUACAGAUAUGUCAGAAAUUAUUUUAUAUAAAAAUUGAUAUUUGUAGUCGAGUGUUAAUAAAUGCAAUUUGCUAAUUUUUAUUUUCA